AAUCCACCUACCACGCCUACCUCCCUGAAGAACUACAUUUCCCUGUACGCUUGGCGCGACGCGCUCCUACGAAUUAAAAAGAGCGACAAUUACUUCCUACCGACCCCUAUCUGCCUCCGCCUGCCGAUGCCGCAGUGUUUUAUGGGAAAGGUAGUUCUAGCACGCGUUGUCCGCCCCCGGAAAACUGAGCCCAAACUAAACUUCCCAGCAAGCAGCGGGCCGGCCUGGGAAGAGGGGAAAGAUGGCAGACGCCGAGGAAGGAGUUUUGCGGCUGGCGGGAGCCUCCACUGCCCCAAUUUCAUUCAGCUUCAGUCGCACGUCCGCCCGGAGACGGCUGGCGGACCCGGGAGAUGGCGCAGGUGCAACUCCGGAGGAGAAGGAUUUCUUGAAGACCGUGGAAGGGAGGGAGCUGCAAAGUGUGAAGCCUUCAGAAGCCCCCAAGGAACUCAUCAUCCCUUUGAUCCAGAAUGGCCAUCGCAGGCAGCCACCGACCCAGACCCCUAGGCCAUCCACAGAUACUGAGGCCUUGGUGGAUGGGGUGCUGUCCCAGGCUGUGAAGGAGCUCAUUGAGGAAUCCAAGAAGUCUCUGGAGGAGAGAGAGAAUGCGGGUGUCGACCCCACGCUCGCUAUCCCCAUGAUCCAGAAAGGAUGCACCCCCAACGGGGAAGAGGCAGACGGCGAACCCCGGGCUGAGACAGUGCCCGAGGAGGCCGAUUACGAGGCAGUCCCUGUGGAGGCCUACGGGCUGGCCAUGCUGCGAGGCAUGGGCUGGAAACCUGGCGAGGGCAUUGGUCGCACCUUCAAUCAAGUGGUGAAGCCCCGUGUCAACUCACUGAGGCCCAAGGGGUUAGGUCUGGGUGCCAACUUGACUGAGGUCCAGGCCCUGGCCCCCACUGGCCCCCAUCGCCUGUCCAGGCCAGAUGAGGAGCACGAGAAGGAUAAGGAAGACCAGCCCCAAGGACUGGUGCCUGGAGGAGCUGUGGUGGUUCUUUCUGGCCCUCACCGAGGCCUCUAUGGGAAGGUGGAAGGCCUCGAUCCUGACAAUGUCCGGGCCGUGGUUCGUCUGGCCGUGGGGAGCCGCGUGGUGACGGUCAGUGAGUACCACCUGCAACCUGUCUCCCAGCAGGAGUUCGACAAGAACUCCUUGGAUCUCAGCCGGGGGAGCAAAAGUUCCCUAGCGCAACAGAAUGGAACAGCCUCAUCAUGGAAGGCCCUCCGAGAUCAGGACCUCCACAUCCAGCAGGAGGACUCAGAGAGGAAGCGGAAACACCUUCUGGACCGACAGGGUGGGCCUGCAGCCAAGAGUGAGAAGGCAGCCCCCAGGCGUCAGCACUGGUUGCACAGGGACCUGCGCGUGCGGUUUGUGGACAAGCUGCACAAGGGUGGCCAGUAUUACAACACCAAGAUGACAAUCGAAGAUGUCCUGAGCCCAAAUACCUGUGUGUGUCGGACAGAUGAAGGCCAGGUGUUGGAAGGGCUGAGGGAAGACAUGCUGGAGACCCUGGUCCCCAAGGUCGAGGGCAACCGGGUGAUGGUGGUGCUGGGGCCACAGGCUGGAAGGGUGGGCCGUCUGCUGGGCCGAGACAGAGAGCGGAGCCGGGCUCUGGUGCAGCUGCGGAGAGAGGAUCGGCUGGUGGAGCUUCACUUUGAUGCUGUCUGCCAAUACAUGGGCCCCAGUGACUCAGAGGAAGACUGACCUCUGGACCUACUCCCGUCCCCCAGGCUGUUACCAGUUCUGUACAGUGUGAAAAGCCUGCCUUUGUGAAGGUGGGGAGGUCAUUGUCUGCCCACACUUGCAGUGCAGCCCUGGGGCAGAGACAGGGCACGAGAUGGAUGGACCAGAAGGGAGGCUAGAAACAAACCCCAUAUUUACCAGAAGUUAGUAUAUAAUAAAACCCAUUUCAAAUACUUAGUAAAA